AUGAGUGAACUGAAGGACUGCCCGCUUCAGUUCCACGACUUCAAGUCGGUGGACCACGUGAAGGUGUGCCCCCGGUACACGGCUGUGCUGGCCCGCUCGGAGGAUGACGGCAUCGGCAUUGAGGAGCUGGACACGCUGCAGCUGGAGCUGGAGACGCUGCUCUCCUCCGCCAGCCGCCGUCUCCGCGUCCUGGAGGCCGAGACACAGAUCCUGACGGACUGGCAGGACAAGAAGGGUGACCGGCGGUUCCUGAAGCUGAGCAAGGACCACGAUGUGGGCACCUCUGUCAAACAUGGGAAGCCCAAGAAGCAGAAGCUGGAGGGCAAAGGGAGCCACGGGACUGGGCCUGGCCCUGGCCGGCCCAAGUCCAAGAACCUGCAGCCCAAGAUACAAGAAUACGAGUUCCAGGAUGAUCCCAUUGAUGUGCCUCGCAUUCCCAAAAAUGAUGCUCCAAACAGGUUCUGGGCAUCGGUGGAGCCGUACUGUGCCGAUCUCACCAACGAGGAGGUCAGAGUCCUGGAGGAGCUACUUAAGCCACCAGAGGAUGAGGCUGAGCAUUACAAGAUCCCGCCGCUGGGGAAACAUUACUCCCAGCGCUGGGCUCAGGAGGACCUGCUGGAGGAGCAGAAGGACGGAGCCCGGGCGGCAGCUGCUGCUGACAAGAAGAAAGGCGUCCUGGGGCCGCUGACCGAGUUAGACACCAAAGACGUUGAUGCCCUGCUGAAGAAAUCGGAGGCCCAGCACGAGCAGCCGGAGGAUGGCUGUCCCUUCGGGCCCCUGACGCAGCGUCUCCUGCAGGCUCUCGUGGAGGAGAAUAUCAUCUCCCCCGUUGAGGACUCCCCUAUCCCUGAGAUCGCCGGCAAGGACUCGGGAGCUGAUGGUGCUGGCACAUCUCCCCGCAGCCAGAACAAGCCCUUCAGCGUCCCCCACACCAAGUCACUGGAGGGGCGGAUCAAGGAGGAGCUGGUGGCCCAGGGCCUGCUGGAGUCGGAGGACCGGCCAGCCGAGGACUCGGAGGACGAGGUGCUGGCCGAGCUGCGCAAGAGGCAGGCGGAGCUGAAGGCCCUCAGCGCGCAUAACCGCGCCAAGAAGCACGAGCUGCUGCGGCUGGCCAAGGAGGAGCUGCACCGGCAGGAGCUGCGGCAGCGUGUCCGCAUGGCCGACAACGAGGUGAUGGACGCCUUCCGCAAGAUCAUGGCCGCCCGGCAGAAGAAGCGGACGCCCACCAAGAAGGAGAAGGACCAGGCCUGGAAGACCCUGAAGGAGCGGGAGAGCAUCCUCAAGCUGCUGGAUGGGUAGCGGGGGCUGAGGACCGCCCCCCUCUGCCACAGAUCUCAGCAGCCGGGGUGGUGGCUGUGACCCUGUCACCCGCAGGGUGGUGGCAUGCCCGUGCCCUGCCUGCGUGGGACAGAGGGGGCGCAGCCCCCUGCAUGCCCAGGGCCUGCUCAGCCUCCCCACCCGGGUGACAGUCCCAGCUGCUGUCCCCUCCACGGACGCAGCUGUCACCGACCCAAGCUGGGGACCGCAUGGAGGUGCCAGGGUCCUUCCUGGGAACAUCCCCCCACCCCCGUGGUCAGUGGCUUCCGCUCCCAUUUCGUCGUUGUCCCCCCACCGUGCUCCUCCUGUUAUUUUGGGAGGGUGACAUCAGCCAGGCCACUGCGGGGGGGGGGGGCGGAUGUGGUGGCUGCUGCGG